AAUUCCAGCGGAGGUAGUAAAAUCUAUAAUAAUUUUUAAAAUAAAAUACUGGAAAUUAAUCAGCCUAGAAAACGAUUGGUUACUACACGGAGUGGGCGUGGCUUACCGUGGAAGGUAGAUUUUACGUCCAGACCGAAUCGCCUCCCCCCCCACCAUCCCGAUUCCAUUUAAAGGUUGGGGGGGAAAAAAAAAACAGUCCGUUUGUAAAACUAACAAUUUUACGGAACCAUAACGUCAUUUCAACAGCGGAAGCAUAUGGCAGAUGACCCGCGGCUUUUUUUGCAGAUGUUAUCAACAAGCUGCUGAAAUAUGGACGUGAUGGAUUUGAAGGCGGCCGCGUCGAACAUGGACGCUCUGGUGCGCAUCAGCUCCAACAUGAAGAGCCUGGAACAGGAGCUGCACUGCCCCGUGUGCAAGGACAUCGUCAAGCAGCCCGUGGUGCUGCCGUGCCUCCACAGCGUGUGCCUCAUGUGCGCCUGCGAGGUCCUGGUGGCCAGCGGCUACCCGCAUCCGGACCUCCCCGCCGAGCCCAACUCCCCGGCCUCCACGCCCACCACGCGCUCCCCCCGACAGCUGCGGAGGCCCGCGCCCAAAUCCGAGCAGCGGCCCAUCGACAGGGUGCUCCGGGUGGGUCCCCACCCGCCUUCUCCGUCCACGCCCCGCUCGCCGGGGUACCCGGGGCGGCGUCGCAAGGAGGGCCCGCCCCUUUCAAUGCUGUUCCCCUGCGUUCCUUGCGGCCGCGACGUGGAGCUGGGCGAGAAAGGCCUCACCGACUGUUUGAGGAACCUCACCUUGGAGCGCAUCGUGGAGAGGUACCGGCACACGGUGAGCCUGGGCAGCGUGGCCAUCAUGUGCCAGUUCUGCAAGGCCCCGCAGGCCCUGGAGGCCAGCAAGGGCUGCGGCGACUGCCGGGCCAACUUCUGUAACGAGUGCUUCAAGCUCUACCACCCGUGGGGGACGCCGCGGGCGCAGCACGAGCACAUCCCGCCCACGCUCAACUUCAGACCCAAGGUUUUGACUUGCACGGAGCACGAGCAGGAGAAGCUGCAGUUCUACUGCAGGUCCUGCCAGCGGCUGCUUUGUCCGCUCUGCAAGCUGCGCCGCACGCACGCGGGGCACAAAAUCCUGCCCGUGGCUCAAGCCUACCAAGCCCUCAAGGAGAAGAUUACAAAGGAGAUGAACUACAUACUGUCCAACCAGGACACGGUCCUGGCUCAGAUUACGCAGCUGGAGAGCGCCAUCACGCAGACCGAGGUGAACAGCGUGUCGGCCCGCGAGCAGCUGGCCCAGAGCAUCCGGGACCUGACGGCGGCGCUGGCCGAGCGCCACUCCUCGCUGACCCAGGCCCUGGAGGCGGCGCGGCACAAGCGCGGCGAGGCGCUGGCCGCCCAGGUGGCGGAGCGCCGGAGCCUGAUGGAGCACGCCGGCCUCGUGGCGUUCACGCAGGAGCUGCUCAAGGAGACCGACCAGCCCUGCUUCGUGCAGGCCGCCCGCCAGACGCAUAACAGGUUCAGCAAAGCCAUUGAGAACCUUCAGCACUUUGCUCUGGCCGCUGAUCCGUCCUUCAGGCAUUUCCAGCUGGAUGUCUCCAAAGAACUCAAACUGCUCACCGAGCUGAAUUUUAUUCAAGCUCCUUUAGCCCCCGUCCUGGACACCCAACACUCCCUGGCCUACGACCGGCUCUACCUGAGCUGGCGUCUGCCCCCGGAAUCGGCGCCCGCCUGGCACUACUCGGUGGAGUACCGCCGCCGGGGCGUGGUGCCCGGCGGGGCGUCGCGGGGCGGCCACAGGGGCGGCCUGGCCGCCGCCCGCUGGGGCUGGCAGCGCCUGGACGAGGUGAGUGCGACCAGCGCCGUCAUCGACAGGCUGGAGAUGGACAGCGUGUACGUGCUGCGGGUGAGGGGCUGCAACAAGGCGGGCUACGGCGAGUACAGCGAGGAGGUUUACCUGCACACCCCGCCGGCGCCAGUGCUAAACUUCUACCUGGACUCCCGCUGGGGUCUCCACGCCGACCGGCUGGUGGUCAGCAAGGAGCAACGGGCGGCCCGCAGCGUCCCGGGCCUCUCCCUGCUGCAGGCCGCCGACCACGCGCUCACUUCCUGUCACCUGACCUCGGACCUCCUGGUGGGAGACGUUGCCAUCACGCAGGGGAGGCACUACUGGGCGUGCUCGGUGGAGCCCGGCUCGUACCUCGUCAAGGUGGGUGUUGGUCUGGAGUCCAAACUGCAGGAGUGGUUUCAUCUACCGGAAGACAUGGCCAGUCCCCGGUACGACCCGGACAGCGGUCACGACAGCGGCGCCGAGGACGGCGUGGACUCCGCCCCGCCAUUCUGCUUCCUCACCAUGGGCAUGGGGAAGCUCUACCUGCCGCAGCACAGCUACCACCACCACCACCACAACGGCCAACGCUCGGACCCCAACGGCAACGGCCCCUCGCCGCCGGUGGGCCUGACCUACCCGCUUCCCCCCCGGCUGGGCGUGUGCCUCGACUUCGAGAAGGGCCGCGUGGCCUUCUACGACGCCCACUCCCUGCGCCCCCUGUGGGAGGGUCACGUGGACUGCUCGGGCCCCGUGUGCCCGGCCUUCUGCUUCAUCGGAGGGGGGGCCCUGCAGCUCCAGGAGCUGGUGGCCAACCGGGGGGCCGACCAGACGCCCGUCAGGAGGGUGACCAUCCAACCCCGCGGUGGCUCCAAUUUAAACAACAACUGAUUGCUGCUUAGGAUGUGAAGUGAUUUGCGUUUAGAGCAUUUCUACGGCAACAAAUAUGCAAUGUAAUUAAGUUUCUUAUGUUUUUAUUUGCAAAAAUCAUCGCUUUUUUGUCAUAUUUGCUAUACCUGACGCCAGCUGGAAUUAUAUACACUGCUUAAGAGAUGUAUUGGACCACCAGGGCGCCAGUUUCACUUGACUAACGUGAAAUUUGGGUGGACAUGUCCGUCGUGAGUAAACCCAUUUUGCUUUGAAGCGGCCAUCUUGGGCGUCGACCUGCCGCCGUCAAGCGAGAAAUUCUACUAACUCAACUUUUGGAGCAUGAAAUUUGGUUGACAGCCUCUCAAGACAUGCUCAAAAAACACACGGGAAGUCUGCCAGUUUUGGUUCGAAGCGGCCACGUUAGUCCCUUUUAUACCGUUUCGAUCGACGCGUCAAGCACGGUACUGCGCAUUUGUUGCCCGCGCAUUUAUUUAGAAAGCUAACCGACCAUUUCACACCCUCAAGUCUCGAAUUUGUGUGCUUUUCGUGAGUAAGUGUAGAGCUUUGGCGUUUAGGACGGCGCGCCGAUGCCAAGUUCUUGUUUUAAUGUGGCUAAUUAACGGCGAUGCACUAGACUGUCAUUAGAAGCUGCAAUGAUACCUCCGGCGCAAGCUAAUCGCUAGUUUUCCGACGCUGGUGUUUGUACGUUCUGUGAUUUAAACGCCCGAUGAGCCCCCGCGCCAUUUACACCGUGUGCGCGCCAAGCAAACAACAUGUUACAAACAUGAUUUUAAAACAUGCCUAUCUUUGUUUUUUGUUAUUUUUUUUAACUCGCUUGAUUGCACCAUUAGCGAGUGUCCUUUAAACAUAAGAAGUAAACACAGAAUGGGGGAAAAAAAUGGUUCUUUUGUCAUCAUUUCUACUUGAAUUUAAGAAACAAUUUUGGAACUAUACAGUGGCACUAGAGGAAGCCAUAUAAAUCCUGCAUGUGGUGUGAGUUGACCGCUAGAGGGCGGCAAAGCACCUCUACGACACUGCAGCUGACGUCGAGUCCUAACAGAUGGAAGCCAUUUGUUGUACAAACAGCGAUUUAAUAAAUUGUUGCACAUUUGGCAACGUGCCGUUGACAAAUUUGAAGUUGGAAUGGAUCACCCACCUUCAUACAUAUUUAUCGUGGAAUAUUCUGAA